AGUUGAUUGCUUGGUUACCAAACUUUGGUACCCUUUUCGCUUUCGGACCAUUUCUAACAUAGACAAAGAAAAUAAUUUGAGUUCCGAGUUCUAACUGAGGCACUGUGUAUGGUGUAUCUGUGUUACUUUCUUGAGUUUCUUCCAAUGACCAAUAUUGAAUAAUUUAACUUAAAAUAAAAAUAUAUCGCUUUGUUAUUUUACUUUUUAACUAAAAGCUAAUGGCACGCAGAAGACGUAAUCCAAAGCUGAAACACAAAGCAACACAAGGAAAUGAUAGUUUAGCAAAACGAACAGAUUUCGUAUGGACUACUGAACGAAAAAUUGCACUUCUUCAGUGCAUGAUAAAACGGAAACCAGCUGGAUUGCUUAAGCAUAUCAAUAUGCUAAUCAUUAAAUCUCAUCUCAGUGAACGUCUUCAGAUGGAUGUGCCCAUUAAAGAAAUAUGGAGAUUUCUUCAUUCUUAUUGGAAUAUGGAUGAAGUUGAUAAAAUAGAAAACCAAGCAAUGCCAAUAAAAAAAAAAGAUUUUGAACUACCCCAAACUGAAGAGUGGAUAAAUUUAAUUAAAGAACAAGGAGACUUAAUAGAUUCCAAUAACAUGAAUACAGAUGCUAUGAAGCAAACAAGUCAAGCUGCAAUCAGUAAUGUGGAUUUAAAAACAUUAAAAUCUGUUAAGAUAAUGGUGGAAAGAUUAGACAAUAGUAUGUAUGCUCAUAAAUUGCCUAAAAUAAAAUAAAAUAUUAAUUUGGAGAAAACAAUAUAAAA